AUGGCAGACGACGCGGACCCCAAGAAGGAGCAGGAGGGAAAGGCUUACGACACCAUCGAGCGCGACUUCCAAGAGGUGCUGCGAGAGCUGGCGGGGGAUGCGGCCCUGGACCGCUUCCGCGCCGAGUACGAGAAGGUGUUUCGGGCGCUGAAGAAGUCUCAUGACAACGAGAAGCGGCUGAUCAAGAAGUGCCGGGAGCUGAAUGCUGAGAUCGUGACGGGAGCAGCCAAGGUGCAGGCCGCCCUGAAGCUGUCAGACGACGACCAGGCCACCAUCGGGGCCCUGAAGAAGGAGAUAGAGAACUCAUGGCGCAUGGUGGACAGCAGCCACGAGAAGGAGCUCAAGGCCAAGGAGCAGGUAGCCUCCCUGAAGCUGGAGAUUAGCGGGCUCACCAAGCUGCUGGAGCAGGGUGCGGCGGUGGGGCUGGCUGAGGAGGCAGACCUUGAGGAGCUCAUCCGGCUCAAGGAGGAGGCAGCCGCGGAGCGGGACGCGCAGGUGGAGCAGAUUGUGGCACUCCGGGGGGAGGUGAUGGAGUUUGCUGAGCGCAUGCGGACGGCUGAGCAUGAGAAGGCACACCUGGAGGCGGAGAUACAGGCCCUGCGCGACCAGUCUGCACAGCGGCGGGCGGAGGCGGACAAGGAGAUCAAGCGGCGGGAGCGGCUGGAGCGGGAGAUGAAGGACCUGCGCGCGUCGCUGGAGGCGCGGCAGCAGGAUAUCCGAGACAAGCAGCUGGCGGUGCAGCAGAGCGGGGAGUAUGUGGAGAAGCUCAAGGCGCUGCUGCGCGAGAGCCAGCUGGCCGGGGAGCGGCUGCAGAAGGAGUACAACGCUCUGGCGGAGAAGGCUGCCCGCCUGCACCACACGCUGGAGGAGCACAUCCACAGCAACACGCAGCUGCUGGCGGACAACAGCCAGCGCCAGGUGGAGAUCAAGCAGAAGGAGGACGAGAUUCGGGCGCUGAGGGAGGAGGGCGUGAAGGCUGCCAAGGGAAGGGAGCAGAUGGCGGCCAAGCUGCUGCAGCUGGAGAAGCAGCGGGGGGACGUGGAAGUCAUGCGGGACGAGCUCAAGGCGAGGCAGGGCAGAUGGGCGGAGGCUGAAGGGCUGGAGCGGGAGCUGGAGCUGGCCCGCAAGCAGAUUGACAUCGAGCGGCGGAAGCAGGAGGAGAUGGUGAAGGAGCGGGAGCGGCUGCACAAGGCCCGGGCCAACGCCGAGACUGCCACCUCCAAGCAUGCCGACCUCGUGGCGGACGCCAUGCGGCGCAACCUGGAGCAGGAGAUGCAGGGGUACAGCGCGGAGCUGGGCAAGCAGGAGGCGGUGAUCCGCGGCCUGGAGCGGGAGAAGGACCGGUUUGCGGCGGAGGCGGCGGGGGUGCAGGCCAAGCACGCGGCGGCGGUGGAGGAGGUGGCGCUGCGGGACGCCGCCAUCGCAGACCUGCAGCGCAAGAUCGCGGAGGGCGAGGCCCGCCUGCGGCAGCAGCAGGAGCUUUACGAGGCGGUACGCAGCGAGCGAAACAACUACAGCCGGGGGCUGGUGGAGGUGCAGGACGAGAUUGGCGAGCUGCGGCGGCGCCUGGCCAUCAGCGCGCACCAGAUCGACCAGCUGAAGCUGGAGGUUGCAGAGCGGGACGCCGCGCUGCAGAAGGAGACGUACGAUCACGGCAAGGCCGAGAAGGACUGCGAUGCCCUGCGCGCCGAGCUCAACCGUGUGGCGGCGCAGGUGGCGGAGUCGGAGGGCGCGGCGGCGGCGCAGCGGGCCGAGGUCAAGCAGCUGCAGGGGGCCAUCGCCGAGGCGGACCAGGCGCGGCUGAGGCUGAAGAAGGAGUAUGAUCUUGUGGUUGGGGAGCGGGAUGUGCUGGGCACGCAGCUGGUGCGGCGCAACGAGGAGCUGCGCCUGCUGUAUGAGAAGAUCAAGAUCCAGCAGUCCAGCCUGCACCGCGGGCAGGCGCAGUACCGGGACCGCCUGAACGAGAUCCGCGUGCUGAAGAUAAAGGUGGCGGGCCUGCAGCGCGAGCUGUCUGCGCUGAAGUCCAGCGUGACCAACGCCGAGGUGCUGCGCCGCGAGGUGCACCACCUCAACCGCGAGCUGCUGGCGGAGCGCAGCAAGGUCAAGGCGCUAGGGGAGGAGCUGGAGAGCCCGCUCAACGUGCACAGGUGGCGCAAGCUGGAGGGCGCCGACCCUGGGGCCUACGAGAUGGUGCUCAAGGUGCAGGCGCUGCAGCGGCGGCUGAUCGCCAAGACGGAGGAGGUGGUGGAGAAGGACCUGCUGAUACAGGACAAGGAGCGGCUGUACCUGGAGCUGAAGUCGAUCCUGGCACGGCAGCCGGGGCCGGAAGCCGCCGAGCAGCUGAACCUGUACCAGGCCAGCCUGCGGGAGAAGAGCAAGCAGAUGAAGGGGCUGGCCUCGGAGCUCAACAUGUACCAAGCGCAGGCACGCUGCCCCUCCUGCUGUGGGGGUGGCGGUGCUGGGGUCCAGGAAUACAAGUACGAGAUAGAGCGGCUGCAGCGGGAGAUGGGGGAGGUGAAGCGCCGCUACUUCGAGCAGAAGCGUGGCCUGGCGCAGGGAGGCGCCCAGGUGGCGGCGGGGGUGGCAGGCGGGGAGCAGCAGCAGCAGCAGUUGCAGCAGCAGGGCAGGGGCAGCGGGGCCGCCAGCCUGCUGAGCUCAGGGGCGGUCACGCCGACGGCGGCUGCAGCGGCGGGAGGCCUGGCGCCGCUGGCAGCCGCUGCCGUGGCGGCGGCGCCGGGUUCACCAGCGGGCAAGGUGGCAGCGGCGGCAGCAGCAGUGGCAGUGGACGGGGCAGAGCGCAUAGAUCGCAUCGCCGCGGUGCGGCCUGCGCAGGGCCGCAUGUCGCCGGCGGUGGCGCAGGCGGCGGCGCUGAAGGCGUCGCCGGCGGCGGGCAGCGUGCUCAGCGUGUCGGUGACGGCGGCAUGA